GGUAAGCGUGUGACGCGUGCGCAGGCGCCUGCGCAGGACGGAAGCGAGAGCAGCUGAGGGGAGAAAAAAAAAAAAACGUCCCGGAGGCCCAGGAGUUGGAGUGAAACGGCAGACCUCUCUGCCACCGGGGAUUUAUUUUUUUAGACGACGUCGAAGCGUUUCGGAGUAUUUAGGGAUGAUCUAAGAAUGAAUUUGAACCAGCAACCGCACAUGGCCUCUCCGUAUGCACCCCCACAACCGGGUUACCAGAUGUACCCCCAACCCGGCUACGGGGCGCCACACCCCACCCAGCAGUACGCCCCUUACAACGGCCACACCUCUUUGUACCAGCAGGGAGCACCGCCAGCAGGGUAUUCUCCUUAUUCAGGCUUUGCCACUAAGACUUACGCAGCAAACGUGCUCUCUGACUCAUUCUCUUCCUCUCCACCCAACCUAGGUCAAGGUCGAGCUCCUCCAGUUUCAGGGGCUCCUCCGGUCUCGGCUUCUGAUUCCUACAGCCAGUACGCCCAGGGGAAUGUGCAGAAUGGGCCACCGUCUGUGCCCAGCCAGCCUCAAAGGCCUCCGGUAUCCCAGUCCUACGCCCCUGCCACGGUGCAUCCUGGCACCCAGCCGACAUACCACCAGCCCUAUGAGGCUCCGACCACAAGCGUGCAACAGAUCACUGGUCACAUGGCGGGCAUGCACAUCGGGGGUCCUGCACCAAACCUCGCUGGCUCUACCUACGCUCCACCCCCAUCUUCUCAGCCUAUGUCUUCCGCUGCUUUCACGUCUACUGGCCCCCCAAACUAUACCCCUCAAUUGGCCUCCGCCUCUCAGCCUCCUUCAAGCAUGAGCAUGACACCCGGACCCCCUCCGUCCAUGUACGGAGCCCCUCCCACCUCGCAGCCGUCUUUCCCAGGAGCCCCAACACCCCCCCAGUCUGCCUUUGCAGGAGUUACCCCUGCCGCACCCCCCGUUUCACAGCAGUCCUUCCCCACAGGGGCGCCUAUGUCACAGCCACACUAUUCUUCAGUCCCAACCUCUUCUUCCCAGCCUUCCAUGGGUGGGCCAGUUUUGCAGCAACCCCCUUUCGGUGCAGUACCACCUGCAUCUGCCCAGUCUCAGUUCCCUGGCGCCGCACAGCCCCCUGUCUCCCAACCGUCGCCUUACCACUCGGUACCUCCUGCCGCAGCAGCAGGCUUCCCUCCUCCAGGGGGCGCCACAGUCACUGCGCCGCCGAGACAUCCAGGAAUGCAGGGGCCUCCUUUUGCAAACCAGUCUAUGUCAGCCCCCCCAGCAUCCCAGCCCAACCACACUGGAGCAGGGAUGCCCCCUGGACCACCAAUAGGGGGUGUACAGGGCCCCCCACCACAGCCAGGCUUGCAAGGCUUUCACCCACAGCAGAAUGGUGCAUUUGGGCAGAUGAGACCCCCACAGUCUGGCUAUGCUGCUCCCUAUCCAGGGCAGCAGAAUUUCGGCAUCCAGCCCCCACCCCCCGCCGCAGCACCACCUGCCCAAAAACGGCUGGACCCCGACUCGAUCCCCAGUCCGCAAGCCUCUGAAACGCAACCGGUGCAGAAAACGAGGCAUAGAAUAGACCCAGAUGCUAUCCCCAGCCCAAUCCAGGUGAUCGAGGACGAUAAGGCGAACAAAGGGAGUGAGCCCUUCAUCACAGGGGUCAGGGGUCAGGUGCCGCCCCUUGUCACGACCACCUUCCAGGUCAAAGAUCAAGGGAAUGCCAGCCCCCGUUUUAUCCGAUGCACGGCAUACAACAUGCCCUGCACCUCAGACAUGGCCAAGCAGUCCCAGGUGCCCCUUGCUGCCAUCAUCAAGCCUCUUGCCACGUUACCCCCAGACGAGGGCCCACUACAUCUUGUUGACCACGGCGAAGGAGGCCCCAUCCGCUGCAACCGCUGCAAGGCCUACAUGUGCCCCUACAUGCAGUUCAUCGAGGGUGGCCGCCGCUUCCAGUGCAGCUUCUGCAGCUGCGUCACUGAUGUCCCUCCGCAUUACUUCCAGCAUUUGGACCAUACUGGCCGACGCGUCGACUGCUACGAGCGACCUGAGCUCCAUUUGGGCAGCUAUGAAUUCCUGGCCACCGUAGACUACUGCAAGAACAACAAGCUUCCUCAGCCUCCUGCCUUCAUUUUUCUCAUCGAUGUUUCCUAUAAUGCGGUGAAGAGUGGUCUGGUUGCUGUGGUCUGUGAGGAGCUGAAGACACUUCUGGACCAUCUUCCCAGGGAAUCCGUUGACGAGGAGUCCCGCAUCAGGGUGGGUUUCGUCACUUACAACAAAGUGCUGCACUUCUACAAUGUCAAGAGCUCCCUGGCCCAGCCACAAAUGAUGGUGGUGUCCGACGUGUCCGAAAUGUUUGUCCCCCUGCUGGACGGCUUCCUGGUCAGCGUGGGCGAGUCUCGUGUUGUGAUCAACAGUUUGCUGGACCAGAUCCCGGAAAUAUUUGCUGACACCAGAGAGACAGAGACUGUGUUUGGACCCGUGGUCCAGGCAGGUCUGGAGGCCCUCAAGGCAGCUGACUGUGCUGGGAAGCUGUUCAUCUUCCACUCCUCACUGCCCAUCGCUGAGGCCCCUGGAAAACUGAAGAACAGGGAGGACAAGAAGCUUGUGGGCACUGACAAAGAGAAGUCCCUAUUCCAGCCCCAAGUGAGCUUCUAUGGCAACUUGGCGAAGGAGUGUGUGGCGCAGGGCUGCUGUGUGGACAUUUUCCUGUUCCCCAACCAGUUUGUGGAUGUGACUACCCUCAGCGUGGUGGCCUGCUCCACCGGGGGCUCUGUCUACAAGUACUCGCACUUCCAGGCACAGACCGACCGGGACCGGUUUCUCAACGACCUCCGGCGGGAUGUUCAAAAGCCAAUGGGUUUUGAUGCAGUGAUGAGGGUGAGAACGAGCACAGGUAUCCGCGCCACCGACUUCUUUGGCUCGUUCUACAUGAGCAACACCACAGACGUGGAGCUCGCAGGCUUGGACAGCGACAAGACGGUCACGGUGGAGUUCCGACAUGACGACAAGCUCAGCGAGGACACGGGAGCCUUCAUGCAGUGUGCAGUGCUCUACACGAGCUGUAGCGGGCAGAGGAGGCUGCGGGUCCACAACCUGUCUGUCAGCUGCUGCACCCAGCUGGCUGAUCUGUACCGCAACUGCGAGACUGACGCCGUCAUCAGCUACUUUGCCAAGCAUGCUUACCGCACCGUACUCAGCAGCCCCACCAAAAACGUGAGGGAUGUCCUCGUGAAUCAGUGCGCGCAGAUCCUGGCGUGUUACCGCAAGAACUGCGCCAGCCCGUCGUCGGCAGGACAGCUCAUUCUACCCGAGUGCAUGAAGCUGCUGCCCGUCUACCUGAACUGCGUACUGAAGAGUGAUGUUCUGCAGCCCAGCGCCGAGCUCUCCCUGGACGACCGGGCGUACCUGCGCCAACUGGUCUCCUGCAUGGACGUGGCUGAGAGCCAUGUCUUCUUCUACCCGCGCUUGCUGCCGCUGCAAAAGCUGGACGUGGAGGGUGAUGCCCUGCCGGUGGCAAUGCGGGACUCGGAGGAGCGUCUCUCCAGAGCGGGGCUUUACCUGUUGGAGAACGGGCUCAACCUCUUCCUCUGGGUGGGGUCUGCCAUCCCGCAGGACCUGCUGCAUAAUGUCUUCGGCACCGCCUCCUUCUCACAAAUCGAUCCCAACAUGACAAGCUUGCCGGUCCUGGAUAACCCGUUUUCAAAGAGGAUCAGAGAAAUAAUCGAAUCCAUCCGAGCCCAGCGGUCGCGGUACAUGAAGCUGAUGGUGGUGAAGCAGGAUGACCGGCUGGAGAUUCUUUUCAAACGCUUCCUAGUGGAAGACAAGAACAGCAGCGGCGGGGCUUCCUAUGUGGACUUCCUGUGUCACAUGCACAAGGAGAUCCGCCAGCUGCUCAGCUAGGGAAUGCUCCCGGAGCACGCCUCCCUCAAUCACAGACUCACUCAUAUUUUUAUUUUGAUGUAUUAAGAUAGAUUAAUCGUUCUGCCCUCUGUGCCCCGUGCUUUACCAUUCUGCAGUAUAUUCCAAAGCGAUGGAAGGAAGAGGAAGAAGGAAUUGUGGGUAAAUGAGACAGGUUUGCGCUGUUACAUCGCAGUUUUGUGUCUCAUAGGGUCAGGUCUUACAAUCCACUGAGCUCAUGUUGCCUGACGGGGCUGGGUGGGUCAAACCCUUAUCCAGGAACAUGUGAAACAUCUUCACCGCAAACCCCUUUGCGGAACAAUGAAAACAUUGAGAAAUUAUCUGUGGUUAAGGUAGAAGAAACCGUCUCCCCCUGCCGGCGGUGGACAACGCCGGAAAGGGGAGCGCGUGGUGUUUUGGGGGUCGGGGGGGAGGAGAGACUGAAACGAUAACCCUGAUUGUAACAGGCGUUGUGUCCGAAACACUAGCACUGACGGAUGGUCUCGUCUCAUGAGAAGAUGAAAUGUACACUGGUCCCAUGAUUCACAAUAGGCUUUUGUAAAAUUUACAGACAAGUGAAAUACGCUCAGUUCCACUAGCUAACAAAUAUUAAAAGUAAAUAAAAUUUUUUUUCCAAUCUGA